AUGGCCGCCCAAGUGAAAGGCGAAAAGCCUCACGACCUAAACUGCCUCACCAUUGCCGAGCUCGAAAAGCACGCUGAACUCCGCAUGAACAAGCAGACACGCGACUACUACAACGAAGGCGCCGACUCCGGAUCCACUCUCAGAGAGAACACCACCGCCUACGGCAAGUACCGCAUAAGGCCCCGAGUCCUGCGGGACAUAUCUCUCAUCGACAGUUCCGUCUCAAUAUGGGGUGCUUGCAACUCGGUACCCAUUGGCGUUGCUCCAACCGCCAUGCAGUGUUUGGCCCAUCCAGACGGAGAGAUCGCCACGGCCAAAGCGUGCAAAGAGGCAGGCAUAGCAAUGGGUCUGUCCUCCUUCGCGACCUCAACCAUCGAAGACGUCGCCUCAAACAUUGACGGCCAUCCUCUGAUCUUCCAACUCUACCUCUUCGAAGAGCGUGAACACUCUCGGAAGCUGAUACAACGCGCCAAGAAAGCCGGCUACAAGGCAAUCUUCCUGACCGUCGACACCCCCAUGCUAGGCCGCCGAAACAUGGAGAUACGCAACCAGUUCAAAUUGCCCAAACCAUACAAGCUUGCCAACUUUGCCGAGGACUCCGGUUCCUCUGCGUCAGAGACGGUCAUGGAUGGAUCGACGCCGAAGUCAGAGCAGGGAGAGGAAAAGAAAAGCAACGGCACAAAAGGAUACCAUGAUGGCAAGAGACGGCAAGCGCCUACAGGGCCGGUGUCAUUCCAUACACAUGCGCCCAAUCCGACACUGAGCUGGGAGCGUGAUAUCGGUUGGUUGAAGGAGCAAUGUUCGCCGGAGAUGGAGGUGUGGGUGAAGGGGAUUGCUACGGCAGAAGAUGCGCACUUGGCUGUACAUCACGGCGUUGAUGGGAUCGUUGUUUCGAAUCACGGGGGAAGACAACUCAAUGGUACAUUGGCGACGCUGGAUGCCCUACCGGAUGUCGUGGAGGCGGCUAGAGGAAAGAUACCCGUACAUGUGGACGGAGGAAUACGACACGGUACCGAUGUCUUCAAGGCACUGGCCUUGGGUGCGGAUUUCGUGUGGGUGGGUCGGCCGGUGCUGUGGGGGCUGGCGUAUAAAGGGCAAGAAGGGGUCGAGCUCUGCUUGAGAUUGCUGAGCGAUGAAUUCAGGCUGUGUAUGGGGUUAGCGGGGACGGUGAAGGUAGAGGACAUAACAAAGGAGUAUCUGGUCAAGAUUGACAAAAGCGGCUUCACCAGUCGCCUCUAA